CGAGGGAUGGCUCCCGCAAAGAAGGGCGGCAAGAAGAAGAAGGGCUGGUCCGCCAUCAACGAGGUGGUGACAAGGGAAUACACCAUCAACAUUCACAAGCGCUUCCAUGGAGUGGGUUUCAAGAAGCGUGCCCCUAGGGCACUCAAAGAAAUCUGGAAGUUUGCCAUGAAGGAGAUGGGAACUCCGGACGUGCGCAUUGACACCAGGCUCAACAAGGCCGUCUGGGCCAAAGGAAUCAGGAAUGUCCCAUACCGGAUCCGUGUGCGGUUGUCCAGAAAAUGUAAUGAAGACGAAGACUCGCCAAACAAGCAAUACUCUUUGGUUACCUAUGUGCCCGUCACCACCUUCAAAAAUCUACAGACAGUCAUUGUGGACCAGAACUAAUUGCUGAUGGUCCAAUAAAGUUAUUGAACUGCCAAAAAAAGAAAAAAAAGAAAACCUGACCUCAGCAACCUGGGAAGUCCUCCUGGGGCUUGGGAACCAGUCUUUCAAUACGUUCAUUACUUUCAUCUUUCUUUCUUUCUCCCGCGUCAUUU